AUGAUUUCCAACAGAUUUAUUAACUACAAAUUUGGUCCGAUUGUUUACAUAUCCUCCGCUGACAUCAAGCUACAAGUCAAUUUCAUCGAAAUGGAUGGCUUCCCCGGCAUCAGUAUAACUAUCUACAUCACAUGCUACGCAAUAGCCGCCCCAUCUCAACUCCCAGGAGAAGACCAUGUCGAUUUGCAACAGGAGGAGCCGAUUCGUAGAAUGGCGAAAUGGGCAGUAAAGGAGCAUCAAAUUUUCAUGGCUGCAUGUGAAUUGGCUAUCGCAGAAGGUGAAGAAGAUGGGAGCGACCAAGUAGCUGAUCGAUUACCAGUACCUCUUGAAAGCAGUUCGUCCAGUGACGAACCAAAAAUUGGAAAUUCAACUGCACGUAAGUCACGAUCGAGCAGGCGUAGUGGUAGCAAGCGUAAGUCCACAUCUCAUUCGGAAAAGGGCAAAAAAAAAUACGGAGCACGUGCGAUCUCAAGUUUAGUAGAUCGAAUGGCUGACUUGUCCGCAGAACUACAGUCGUUCACUCGAAGAUAUAGUUCAAAUGAUCUUUCGGUCGAGGACUGCAUUGCGGAGAUCGAUGCUACUGGACUUGUCGACAAGACCAGCGACCUUUUCAUGUUCGCCUUAUCGUUCCUAGGGAUUCGUGGAAACAGGGACAUAUGGAAGGCCGCAAAAGACGAGGGGAGGAAAAUGCGUUGGUUGAAGUGGUCUUAUGAUGACUACAAGGAACGUAAAGUCGGUUCAUCACGUCGUCUUCCUUUUGAUGGGUAG